GUUGUGACGCCCACAAGCUGGCAGCGUGUGGGUGCUGUCUGCGAGCACCCCCGGGGCUCGGAUCAGCAGCUCCCAGGUGUGCGAGUGUAGGGGAGACAUCACCAGGCUGCUGACUCCAUGGGUGACCAGCAGGAGGCACGACGGUCACCUGAAUGCACGCCACAAUGUUGCCGCUUCUCUUGCUGUGACACAAUCACAGCCGUGCUGGGAAGAAAGCACGGCGACGUGGCUGGGAGACAGCAAGGGAGGCAGCAGCAGCAGCAGCAACAAGAGACGUCAGCCCAGGUCUGCGCAGCGCAGCCGAUCGCGCCGCCCCGAGUGAGUGCGCAACCGGCCACGGCUCCCCAGGUCAUCACGCGCCAAAUCACGAUCACGCAACAACCCCACGGCUUCACGCAACCCCACGGCUUCACGCAACCCCACGGAUUCACGCAACCCCACGGCUUCACGCAACCCCACGGAUUCACGCAACCCCACGGAUUCACGCAACCAAAACUGGGGCCUCAGUUUGUGGCGCAGCCGGGGAUGGGACGCCACGUCAUCACACAAACCACAAUGCUGCCCGCCACCCAACCUGGCACGGGUGUGGCCGCGCCAGUGGCCCUUCCCCAGACGCCACGAAGCGCAGUGGGCGCAGAAGCGUCGCGCGCGCGGCGCCAGGGAAAGGAACCGACGUCUCCAGGCAAGGUCAAGUUUGCGGAGCUGAUGGUUCCGAGGCAGCGUGCUCGUCCGAACGUGUACACCAGUACAGAAGAGGAGUCCAAGCUCUACGAAGAGGUUGAUUGAGAUGACGGCCCUGGUGGAAGGGGCAGCCGCUCUGCGGGCGCCCCACCUACGACCCCACCACCCCCAAGCGACAGGUUUGUGGACUUCUCCACAAACCUGUCUGUCGCCUGAUGAAGCUAGUUGUAAUUUCUGGCGAAACGUCGUACUCAGAUUGUAAAUGUUGUGGCUUGGCUCUCCAACACACCGGUGUGCUGUACUCGUGACGAAUUGGCACGUUCUGUUUACGUGACAACCCUUACUAGUUGGCUGUGUCGGGUGGUGGCGGGUUUUAACGACAUUUACGCGAUCUAACCAAAAAAACCCUCUAUUAAGCCUCUGAUAUAAAAGUUGAUUUCAAAAUAUAAAAUAUAUUAUAAUAAUUGGGUAUAAAAUAUUAACAUUGGCGCUCAAUCCCAUUAAUAUAGGAAUUCAGCUGCGGUGUUGUGACGGGUAUCUCCCAUCGUUAUUGUAGAUACACAAUGUGCCCUUCUGAAGAGGACUAUUGAAAUAGUUUUGCCGCUUGACAAACCCACCACCUGGUGGUCAGCUGUUGUCGAGUAGCCCGCUUCUCCGGUGGACAGAACAGACUGCGAUGAGUAGACCUGCACCCCCCCUCCCUCUCUGACGGGAGACGCAUAAUUGUUUUCAGUUGUGCGUGUUCAAUGGCAGGUAAAAUGCAACAAGGGACACCAGUAACGCCUACAGGGUUUGCAGAUGUGUGACGGUUCAGCAGCUGGGACACCUAAGGCUACUGGCGAGGGCGUAGCGACAGUAUGCCAGUUUGGAGACCCACAGAGUGCUGGUAUGCUGGGUGACCCUGGAAUUUUGGUGGGUGACCACCAUUCGAAGUUAAGAAUUGUGCCCAAUGUUUCCUCCUACAUCACUGUUAUUCAUUUUCCGUAUAAUUCCGUUGAAUUACAUUUUCCCUUUACUACCCACAUGUUUCCUUUCAACGUUUCUUCCCCUGUCACCUGGCUAGUGAGAUUAAUAAUUUUGAUGGACCAACAAGGUUUGUAAGGCUCAGGCAGAAGAGUUCUCACGUUCUUUGAAGUAUAUAAGGCACUGCACUUGACGAAGGGGAUACCGGGGCUUGAUUACCCCUCUCGAGGUUCUCCAAACUCGUGGAUCGAGGAGCUAUCAAGCUGUCAAAAGGACACAGAGUCCUUGCGGGAAACUCGGGACCAGAUGCUGGGUCGUCUCGUUCCGGUGUUGUCGUGGAAAGGUGUGAAUGUUUUUUUGUAUGGGAGUGCCACAAUCAGUGUGAUUCUGGAGGGGUCAAUGUUGCCGGUGUGAGCUCACCCGUGAUUAGUCACGCCGUGAUUAAUUGUGCUCCCUGUAGCAUAUUGGAGCCUAAUAAACUAUUUUGCAUCGCUAUGGGUAACCAGGCGCGAAGUAUUAUUCUAAGUGAAUGUGACAGCUCAAAUAAACAUGCCUCACACACCACUGCCACACCAGAUGCUCGAGCUGUAAACACGUUUGGUAUAUUUCCUAAUUGUAAUUAAUUUGUACUGCUGGCAUCAUGUCAAGCUAUAAC